AUGGAAACCGGUCGCAGGCUACAGACUACGGCGCGGCUCUGCCCGCCCGGAAAGAAAGCGUCGUACGUGACCGUCCUCAACAAGCAGGACCGGCUCGAAUCGACAUCCACUCGCACGGGCAAGGCCAGCAUCCCACCACUGAAGACCAAGGACAUGCCCCCAGGCGAGACCAGGUUCGUGGCGAAGCUGCAGGUCCCUCUCCACCCUCAGCCGAUGGAGAUGAUGAUGUGCGACAGGAAGCAGUCGUUCAACGUGCCUGGCGACGAUAACGCCGGGCUAUUCGCGCGGCUGGUGGAUGGGCGAGAUCAAGAAGCCCGCGAAUAUUGGCCCCUUCCACAGCUUGAUGAUGUCGGCGGCAUCGGGCCUCUUACGUUGUACGCAAAAGUCCUCCCACUCUCGUUCCGUCGACCCUUCUCAAUGUCAAAUUUCACAGAUGCUGAUAUUGCGGCGAUAGUCGACGAGAUAUCUAGCUUCAAGGCGUAUAACUUCGUUCAAUUCUCCGCCAACGUGCUUAUUUUCUACGAAUAUCUGGUUACGUUCACAACGGAGGUUUCAGCGUUCUGGAUCAGUAGUGGUGGAUCAACAGGCGCAAUGGUUCUCUUCUUCUUGAACAGUUACUUGGCUGAGGCGCGUGCUCAGUUCUUGCUCGACCUCAUGCAGUAUGUGUCAUGGGCAGCGUUCACCGGACUUCCUCUCAAUCUCACCUUAUACAAGUAUGUUGAGAUAGUGGACGAUCCUGUCAUGGGAGUCAUCAAUGUGAACGCCUCUCCCGCCUUUCUCAAUGCCAGGACUUCUCUAAUGCUUGCAGAUAUACUGGCUAUCUCCGUCACCUGGUACAAUCUUCGACGCGACGAGAAGUCUAAAUCAUCAUUGGCAAAUGUCCUCAUACGCGAUGGAGCAAUAUAUUUCCUCACUAUCUUCUCGCUAAACGCCAUACAUAUGUCACUGACACUUGCGUCGAUACUCUCGCCGGUACAGACGAACAGCGAGGUCACGACCUUCACGGAACCGUUGACAUCCAUCCUCGUCUCCCGGUUCCUUCUGAACCUGCAAGCGGUGAAGAACCGCACCGCCGGAGACGUCUCCACGAUCGAGCUCGACGGCACGACUUCGUCCGUCGUCUUCGAGCGCGUCUUCGGCUCUCUCGCCGCGUCCGUGGACCUGGCAGCUGACGAGCGCGGAGGCGAGGACGUUCACGAUGAGGCGUCGGUGGUUGACUCCGAUGCGCUGAAUGGGGCCCGUCCAUCGGAUGAGUCCAAAGACGUCGGAACUCGGCGAUGCGAUGAUGAAGUUGAGUGUCCAUAG